UCUUCAAUCUCUCUCUCUCUCUCUUUCUAUUUCUUAUUCUUCUUCUUCUUCACGCCGCCUCUCUUUCUCACCUUACCUACAGCGUUUUGCCACUCUUCUCUGCAUUAUUUCCCUGUUGUAUCAUAAUCCCAAAUUCCCACAUUUUCUCCUUCCCACUUCUCCCACUGAAACCACUGAUUGUUUGCCUCUGUAUUGCCGUUUUCACUCUGAUUCGUCUUUUUUCUGACGUGGGUCUCGCUUGCCUCUUCAUAUUCUCAACUGGGGUCAUUUAAGGAGUUAUCCCAUUUACCAAAUGGAAGAGAUGGGCAGUAAACUGGAGAUUGAACUUGAGAGGCUUAUUGGUGAGAAUCCAAAAGUUGCAUCUGAAAAUGGACAUGCUGAAGAAUCUGUUCAUAAAAGAAUGUCGUUAUUAGCUGCAAAUUCCUGUAAUGGGAUGUCGAAACUGUGCAGUAAUGGACAUUUGGAGGAUGUCAAGGUCUUGAGGAACAAACUUCAGCAAUCAAGCGGGCAAUCAAAUAUGGGUCGAAUUCGGACUGGGGAAAGUAAUGGGACCGGAGACCGGUCCUUGGCAUCUGCAUUGGAAAAAUUAAGUUUGGGUGCUGAGGAAACGAUGCAAAAUCGGAGAGUAAUGCAGAAUCAGCCCAAUUUGACAGAGGACCAACUGCGGAUCUAUUUGAAUAAGCAAUUACUCAACACCGAAACAUCUAUGGCUGCCGUUCCCUCUUUGAGGUCUUCGAAUCAUUUGACCAAUGGUUAUCCCGAUGUUCAUAUGACAGGUCUUGGCUCUCAGAACUCUCCUUCAUUAAGACAUUUUUCUGAUGGCUACAAUAGGUCGGAAGUUGGUCACCUUCAGCCACUUGAGACUCCCUCCUCUGCUAGGUUCACUUAUGAAGUGCCUCAUCUCGACAUGCCUUCUCGAAAUUUGCAGUUUCCUAUAACAUCUCAUGAUGAGGAAAUAUUGCAGAGUAGGCGAUCUUCGGUUCUUUACGCACACCCACAACAAAUGAAUCAUGGUCAAAUAGGUUCAAAUUGUACACAAGAAGAAUUGCUUCAAAGAUACAGGAUGCAAGGGCAGUACCAAUACCUGCAGCAGCAAUUGGAAUAUUCAAAUUCGUUUCGAUCUUGUGACGAUACUACAAGUAGAAUGCUUUUUCAGAGUCACGAGCCUCAAUAUUUUGAGGUUCCAGUCUCUCACCACCUUGAGCAGUCUAAUAAUGAAGUAUUCUGGAAGGGGAAUGCAUAUUGUAGGGGUUCAAACCAGUCAAAUCCUGUAUUUUCAACACAAUAUGUAGAUACAUUUCAAGGUGUGGAAAAAAUUUCCAGGCAAAGUUCGCCUAGAAAGAUCCCGACGAGGACCCAUGGACAUAACAGAGUUGAUUAUCUAAAGCUUCCGGCUGUCGAUGGCGAUUUUUAUGACAACCAAAAUGGAGCUGUUUGUUCAAGUUGUUAUCUUCAGGGGAAUGGUUUGUUGCGCACUACAGAUUGCUUCUGUCACAAAAACUUAAGUUUAUAUGGUUACUUCUCUAAUCAUGGAAAUCGUAAGACAACACUACCCCAAAAAUUUAACUCUCUUGAGGAAGCCACGGGUAAAAUAUAUCUCAUGGCUAAAGAUCAAUAUGGUUGUCGCUUCUUACAACGGAAAUUCGUAGAGGGUGCCAAAAAAGAUAUUGAGAAGAUUUUCAUUGAGAUCUUAGAGCAUGUUGUUGAGCUCAUGACAGAUCCUUUUGGAAACUAUCUAAUACAGAAGCUCCUUGAAGUUUGUAAUGAGGACCAGCGGCUGAAAAUUAUUUAUAAGGUUACUAGCAAACAAGGCGAACUUAUCCGAAUUUCGUGUAAUAUUCAUGGGACUCGUGCUAUUCAGAAACUGAUUGAGACUCUCAAAACCCCAGAGCAGUUUAAAAUGAUUAUCUCCUCUUUGAAGACUGGUAUAGUGAUUCUGAUGAAAGACCUGAAUGGUAACCAUGUAGCACAGCAUUGCCUGCAGUAUUUGGUGCCUGAUUACAUUGAGUUUCUUUUUGAUGCUGCAACAAAAUUUUGUGUCGGGAUUGCAACUGAUCGCCACGGUUGUUGCGUGCUUCAAAAGUGCCUCGGUUGUUGUAAUGUUAGGCAACGAGAUAGUUUAAUACUUGAGAUUGUGCGUAAUUCUCUGGUCCUUUCCCAAGAUCAAUAUGGGAAUUAUGUUGUGCAAUUUACCCUCGAGCUUGCGGGCAAGUAUGAUCUUUAUUGGGUGGAAGCCGGUAUCCUCAAACGUCUAGAGGGCCAUUACGUGGACUUGUCUAUCCAGAAAUAUAGCAGCAAUGUUGUUGAAAAAUGUCUUUAUGCUAGGGAUGAACAUCUCACUAGAAUUAUCGAUGAAUUGGUAAACGAUGCACGAUUAAGUCAAAUAAUGCAGGACCCAUAUGGAAACUAUGCGAUUCAAGCGGCGUUGGCUCGCACUAACAUUUGCAAUAGUUCUCUCCAUGCUAAACUUGUGGAUGCAAUCAAACUGCACGUCCCCGCGCUCAGGACAAACAUGUUCGGUAGAAAAGUCCUCGCAGUGCUCGGAAAAUCACACUAAUCAGUGCAAUCAAUCCACCAAAGAUUACCUCUAACCUCCAUUUGUUGUUGUUAAAAGCACAUAACUAGCACUUUCCCUCCAGUGUUCUUUUUGUUUGAUUUUUCCUUUUUUGUAAAGAGCUUAGGCCAGUAACCAUGACUAGCUGCAAGUGCAACAUGGUUCGAUCUCUUAUCUCUAAAGAAACCAAUCAGAGACAUAGAUAUCCAUUUCAUGGAUGUGAAUACCGUGACGAUGAAGGAUAACAAGUCGGUACGUAUUUUCCCUUUUUUUUUGUAGAUUCGUAGUGGUAAGCUUAGGCUCUUUUUUUCCUUAAAGUAAUGUAUAGACUGCAAACUCUGAAGUGUUGUUGUUUAAUGAUUGAGAAACAU